UUGUUACUAAAUUUUUUUUGCUUCAUAAAUAUCAAACCAUACUUUGGACAUAAAUUAUUUAUUAAUAAAAACAGAUUGUUACACAAGGAUUUUUAAAUUAUUUGAUUUAUUAUGUAAGAAUUUUAUGAACGAAAUGUUAAAAUAUAUUCUAGAUAACUGCCACAUUAAAUUGGUUAGUGAGGAUGAGUUCUGAGUUGGAAACCAACAUAGUUUCUGUGGAGAGAAUGGCAGAAUAUACACUAGCAGAGAAAGAGGCAGAAUGGGAAAUAGAAAAUAGUCGACCUCCUCUGUCCUGGCCAACCAAUGGCGAAGUGGUAUUUGAUCGAUAUUCCACGCGAUAUCGACAAGGAUUAAAUUUGGUUUUAAAGGGUAUUAGUUGUGAAAUAAAGUCUGGAGAAAAGGUUGGAAUUGUUGGUAGAACUGGUGCUGGAAAAUCAUCCUUGACACUCUCUCUUUUCCGAAUCAUUGAAGGAGCAUCAGGUUCGAUUAUUAUUGAUGGCGUGGACAUAUCCAAAAUUGGACUUCACGACUUGCGAUCAAAACUCACCAUCAUUCCACAAGAUCCUGUAUUAUUUUCUGGCACGCUGCGGAUGAAUCUGGAUCCAUUCAAUAAAUAUUCAGACGAGGAAGUGUGGAUUGCUCUGGAACAUUCUCAUUUAAAAAUUUACGUCAGCUCAUUAGAAAGUGGUCUUGAACAUAUGAUUUCGGAAGGAGGCGAAAACCUCAGUGUGGGCCAAAGACAGUUAGUAUGCCUAGCUCGUGCUCUACUCAGGAAAACUAAGGUAUUGAUUCUAGAUGAAGCUACGGCAGCUAUUGAUUUAGAAACAGAUGCUUUAAUACAGACUACCAUAAGAACAGAAUUUGCAGGUUGUACAAUACUCACAAUUGCUCAUCGUUUAAAUACCAUUAUGGAUUAUGACAGAGUUUUAGUGCUGGACAAGGGAAUCAUCAAGGAAUUUGAUAGUCCAGAAAAUCUUCUUCAGAACAAAGAAUCUUUAUUCUAUGGGAUGGCAAAGGAUGCCAGACUAGUGUAGUUUAGAUUGUGAUAAUUCAAGGUCAAAAGAACCAUGAAAUUACUGUAUGUAAUCAAUCAAUGCAAGUGCCUGUGAUUUGUAAUUUAGUAAAUAUUUUCAUAGUUUAAACUCAUUAAUAAAUCAUGUUAUUCAUUUCAUUUUAAUGUAUCUAUUAUUUAAAGUGUUACACAUUUCAACUUUAGUUUUCUUUAACAUUUUCUC